AUGCAGUCGUUUGAGAAUUCGGCAACGCCAUCUACAAAGCGUCUUGGAGUGUCGUUGAAUGUCGAUACGGGCUAUAAAGGGAAACGAGUCGAUAGGUCGCCGCCUCGAACGCCUGCCGCCCAAGACCCUCAGUCGAGCACCUCCAAUAUCCCCGAUGUCAACAAGGCGCUAAAACCGCAAAGACAAACCUUCCUCGAUGACAUUACUCCAAUUGACCCGACUUCGAGCAAAGACAGUGAUACCGUGCGAGGUAAUCACAGCCGGGACUCUCAUGAUCUUUCAUUGUCGCCUCGGCAGGUCACUCGCGAUUCACUGGUAGACCACAUGCUACUCUCUUUGGAUCAGUUCUCCUUUGGACAGGAAGGCGACGCGUUCGACAGGCAGCCGACCGUGGACGAGGAACAGCUGUAUUCCACCUUUGGCGACGAGGAACAAUACCAAACAACAUCGAACUUUGCGCCUCGAGGCGGUCGGGUUGGACACAGUUAUUCAUACAGCUCCGAUUAUGAGCAGGCCGACGACGCGAGUCGAUACUCAGGCCCAUCGCGUGGGCGCAGGAGCAACAGUAGUUCGAACUUUCAAUCGGGCCUAGGAAGGAUCAACAGUCUUCGUAACGAAGGGGCCACUGCUAGUUUUGUUUCGAAUCGUGCCCCCGUACCUAUUCCACCAAGGGGCCUACAUUCGCGGAGCGGCAAGGGGAGCAAAGGGAGCAGCGCAAAUAGUUUUGAUCUUGGAUACGCUCAAGUUACAAGCAAUCAACGUUGGGCUCAUGGACUUGCUGGCCGGUCGUCGAGCUUUGAUUACGGGAUGGAGCGUCAGGCUACAAUGACUUCCCAAAUCACCGCAAUGCCCACACAGCAUGCUCCGGCUUUUACAUACGAUUACGAUGCUGCCCCGACUCCGACAAUUCCAGGAGGACCUCGGAGGCUUCGACCUGCCUCCCCAGUGAUGAUCCCUCCUGCACGAGAACCUCCAUCACCUGAAGAACAAAUAACUCCUGAAUUCCAGAGAUUGGAGCGUAAAAGAAGCACGAAAUCGUCCAAAAGCGCAUAUGUGGGAAAGGAGGCUGCGAGCUUGACGAACGGUGGAAGGCUUGACUAUGGCCUUCAUGAUAGCACUCGUGAACUGCCACCCAUGCCAGCAUUUAUCAGAGAACCUGCACCAGCUCCCUUGGUAGGAUAUGGAAAAGUGAAAGACGCGCCAACCCAAUCGCAAUUAACACCGCAACCGCCAAAGGACAGGCCAGGCUUUUUCCGCAGAGUAUUCGGUGGUUCGAGAAACAACGUCAAUUCUGUUAGCACCCCAGAUCCUCCGCCCUCGCACGGAUCCACGACUUCAACCGAAACAACGAACCGACCUAGUAGCAGAACUCACCACAUUGCUAACCAGAUGAAGUCUCAAUCUCUGCCUCCACCUCGGGAUACUCCUCUUCCAGCGAAAGAAAAUGCACAUGUCUUGAGUAAAAAGUCCUCUUCAUUUUUCCGGAGACGAAAGAAGUCUGUUGCCGAGCCAGACCCGAUGCCUGCGCCACUGACAGCGCCCCCGGUGCUGCUUCAAAGCGAGCUGGAUGGACGGACAGCACCCAGUCCCGUCAGUAGCCUGCGAAAAGUGAUGAACCCAUACCUUCGGACACCAGCCAGAAGCCCGAACGAUCCUAACCGCCAUUCAGGCAUCGACAGGCAGAUGAAUGAGAGUCCGGAUUUACAGCGCUCAGCGAGAGGAUUUUCCCCGGACUAUGAGCCCGACAAAAAUGCUACGAUUAGAGCUGUGCGAUCCAACCCCCGGGGAACACCUAGUACCGCCCCUUCAUCCUCUAGCUCAGUCCAAAAACCCUUUCUCAGCGUUGGCCCAAGCGGCCUUGUUGGUACCUUUCUCAACGAUGCUAGCGAUGAUGGACGCAGUAAUGCGUCGCAGACAGGUCCGUUCACCAAAGAUGUCCCAGAGACGGAACAUGUACGCGUUAAUGUUCCCCCACCUGUUGUACAGACAAGUACAACUUCGUCGGUGAAACGAGAUAUGGCACUUGUCGCAGGGUACGAAAGGACUCAUUCGAAGCCUUCGCUAGCGAACACUCAGUCAGAUGCCAUUGCCCGGUCACCAAUCUUGGAGUCGCCAAGGAGCAAUAUCGCACCCCAAUCUCUGCCACCGCAAGUCGUGAAAACAGACGGCACUAAAGACGCAGACUGGGUGAUAUUGACGCCAACUAGGAACACCCAGCCAAUAGAAAAGGAGAAUCGGGUAUGGUUGGAGCCCUCAUCUGACGAAGAAGAAGUCAUUUUGGCUGGUUCAAAGCUGUCCUUGCCCUCUCCAACUGCAAGAUCCUCUGGCUCUACUGACGGCCCAUAUAUGUCUGCAACAAGUCUACCUGUUGUUCAAGUUGAGGGCGAGCAUGGAAGUGCACCGCCAUCUCCGCAACUACUCAGCGCAGUGGAAGCUAUUAGAUCGCUAGACGACUCACUCUUGAAUGACACAACCCCUACCGAAAAUGACCGUGAGAAAGCUAAGAAGAUAUACGACGGAAAUGAGGAUUUUAUUCAAAAAGAGAGAGCAGCAGCAUGGAUGGGUGAAGAGGGUGUUGUUCGUGCGAGAACCCUAAUUGCGUAUAUGGAACUGUACGAUUUUUCCAAUAUCAACAUCUUGGCCGCUCUGCGUCUCCUAUGCAGCAAGCUCGUACUGAAAGCGGAGAGCCAACAGGUAGACCGGAUCUUGGAUGCGUUUGCGCAGCGAUGGUGCCAGUGCAAUCCCAAGCAUGGCUUCAAAGUUACUGAUGUCGUGCACACGAUUUGCUACUCAAUACUUCUGCUCAAUACAGAUCUACAUAUGGCCGAUAUCGAGCAGAAAAUGACUCGAAGCCAGUUUAUCAAGAACACCAUGCCAACGAUUCGACGAAGUGUUGCGGAGUCCGCUCCAAAUGCGUUCGAGACGAGACCGUCAGUGCUCCCCGGGAAAAGUUCCACUUUUGAUCCCGUGAGAUCCGGAGAAGCCUUGUCGAAGCCAGAACGAACUUCGAUUGAAGUAGAAAAAGCUCCGUCAUCAUGGAGAACUUCCUUUAAGCCCCCUGUCAGGUCAGACUCUGAAGGUGGCAUCGCGCCAACACCUUUGGACUAUGACACUCCGAUGGACGAUUGUGGACCCCUGGUGAAAGCACCCUUCCAUGGUACGUUGCGUACUUGGGAGGUUCAAGUCGAAAUUGUACUCAAAGAUUUUUUCAAUUCCAUUCGGGCAGAGCGACUUCCGCUGUUCGGGGCCACUGUAGAAAAACCUCACCUCCAAGCACCAUCAACAAACAGCCUGGCCGUAUUUGCUAACGGCGUCUUACGGCGAACUCCAAGUGUGCUGAGCAAAUCACCCUCCGAAGCUCAGAGUAACUACGCACGUGGAAGGACCGCAGAAACUGUGCGCGUCGGGAAAGGGCAGUGGGGAACUAAGAAUCGUUCGAGACCUCGUUUGUAUGGCAAUGGAGGUCUGGGCUCUAGUCGUACCAGUCUCGAUGAUCAGUCAUCGAUGUGGAGUCCGUCCGUCUCUUCAAGUACGUGGAGCAAGUAUUCCCUUGGAAAGACUCAGACUUCCAUGUCUGUCGAUUCUCUUGGUUCAAGUUAUCCCCAGGGCGAUUAUCAGCAAUCUAUUGGAUUUGCAAAUGCCUUGAGCCAAGCGAUUAUUCGCGAAGAAGCCAUUAGCAGCGUCAACAGCAAUGGCAGUGAUCGCGAAGAAGUUCGCAUCGCUCCCUUGCUCGAAGACGAAUCGUUAGAACUUGCUGGUUCACCUUGGGCAAAGGAAGGGAUCCUCAAGCACAAGCAUCACCUGGAAGCACUGGGCAAGAAAGCCAAGGAUCGCAACUGGAAUGAAGUAUUUGCUGUUGUCGAGAAGGGAUAUCUGAGCCUUUUCUCCUUCUCAUCAAAGAGCAUGCGCAAUAAAUCCAAAGGCAAAGCUAUUGGUGGUGUCGUGGGAGGUGGAAAUUGGCAAGAGAACGCAGAGAGUCUCGGGUCAUUCUUGUUGAGACAAACCAUUGCUAGUGCUCUCCCAUCACCUGGUUACUCCAAAGCACGACCUCAUGUAUGGGCUCUAUCCCUACCAACUGGAGCGGUACAUCUUUUCCAGGUCGGUACUCCUGAUAUUGUCAAGGAGUUCGUCUCGACAGCCAAUUAUUGGAGUGCACGCUUAUCAAAUCACCCAUUAGUCGGUGGCAUCAGCAACAUCGAAUAUGGUUGGUCUGAGAGUAUUGUAAACAACGCCCUUGUCACUGCUAUCAACGACUCAACAGCAUCUAGACCGUCAACGAGCGGUGCCAGACCAAGCAUGCAGAGUUCUCUGAGAUCCAGAUCUAGUGUUGAUCACGGCAUAGGAGGCAUUCGUGCAAGAUUACCAGGGGACAAGAUAUCAAUCUCGGACUGGUCGCCACCUACACAAAGUAUGCGUGCUAGUAAUCUGAUGGAAGCGGAUCAGCUUCAGACUCUAAGCUCAUACGUGGCUGGUAUUGAGGAAGAGUUGCAAAAGCACAAUCAACUGCGAAGUCCCAUGCUUUUAGCUUUCACACCACGCCACCCCAAUGCCCAAAAGGCCAUGGCGAAUUGGGAGAAAAAGUCUUCAUAUCUCCUUCGUGAGAUUGUGAAAUUUCGAACGUAUAUCGAUUGCUUGACGGCCGCUGAUGCAUGUAAGCAAAAAGUUUACGCUGAACGAGAAGCCGAAAGAGCGCUUGCCGAAGAAUACGACGAAGGGGACAUAACCCUUCGCCCCGAAUAG